UCACUGAGACGGCAGGGCGCCUGGAAACAGGUUUCAACAGCGCAGAGCAGAGAGAGGCUAUCAGGUUUGUCGGUCAGCUAGAGCAGCAGAAGAACAUUGCGGAGUCCGGACCUGUGUGUUGUGUAUAUUAGGUCGGAUUUUUUUCUCAAAAUUCUGUCAGCGAUAUUUUUUGAUUUUGGGGGACCUUCAAAAUCUCUGCGCAACGGCGGGAGAAGCAAAAACAACCAAAAGUUACGCAGGAGGGGAGUACAUUUACAAGGAAAGAAAAACCCAACAAAGAAAGGGAGCGGGGAAGUAGUUUCUCGCUAGCUGGCGAGCUAGCUAGUUUUGGAAGAAACCGCAAAGAAAGUAUGUCUGUGGCCGUGCGUAAUGCUUUCGCAAUGGAUUAUAACAGAGUACUGUGUAUAUUUUUGCAGGUUUUUUUAUUGAUCAGUUUAGGAUCUAUAAGGGUAAAUGGACAGUAUGGCGACCGGGGAAUGUCUAUUCCGGAGCACGGCUUUUGCCAACCGAUUUCUAUUCCACUUUGUACGGACAUCGCAUACAACGAGACCAUCAUGCCAAAUUUACUAGGACACACAAACCAGGAGGAAGCAGGGCUCGAGGUACACCAGUUUUACCCGCUUGUGAAAGUUCAGUGUUCUCCUGAUUUAAAGUUUUUCCUCUGCUCCAUGUAUGCGCCUGUGUGCACGGUGCUUGAGCAGGCGCUUCCCCCGUGCAGGUCACUGUGCGAGAGGGCGAGACAGGGCUGCGAGGCGCUCAUGAACAAAUUCGGUUUUCAGUGGCCGGAAAGGCUCGUGUGCGAGUCUUUCCCGGUUCACGGAGCGGGCGAGCUGUGCGUCGGUCAGAAUAUGUCGGGUCAAAGCACACCGGUCAAUCCCACCCCCGAUGUAACGGAGCCUCCGUAUGAUACUGGGAUUGUAAAAGGACAGUUCAAGUGCCCGGCUUCGCUGAAAGUACCCACUUAUUUGAAUUACCGUUUUCUCGGUGAGGAUGACUGUGGCGCACCGUGCGAGCCAAAGAAAUCUAACGGAAUGAUGUACUUCAGCGAAGAAGAGUUAAAAUUCGCCAGGAUAUGGAUAGUAAUCUGGUCCGUGUUAUGUUGUGCAUCCACGUUAUUUACCGUUCUAACCUAUCUGGUGGACAUGAAGCGCUUCAGCUACCCUGAGCGUCCUAUUAUCUUCCUAUCCGGUUGCUACACCAUGGUAUCCAUUGCCUACAUAGCUGGAUUUCUCCUUGAGGACAAGGUGGUUUGCAAUGACAGGUUUGACAACGACAUUAGGACUGUGGUGCAGGGUACCAAAAAGGAGGGUUGUACCAUCCUCUUCAUGAUGUUGUAUUUUUUCAGCAUGGCCAGCUCCAUCUGGUGGGUCAUCCUGGCCCUCACCUGGUUCCUGGCAGCAGGGAUGAAGUGGGGUCACGAAGCCAUCGAGGCCAACUCGCAGUACUUCCACCUGGCGGCGUGGGCUGUGCCCGCCAUUAAGACCAUCACUAUCCUGGCGGUGGGACAGGUGGACGGGGAUGUCCUUAGCGGCGUGUGCUUCGUGGGCAUCAACAGCGUGGACGCUCUCCGAGGCUUCGUCCUGGCGCCGCUCUUUGUCUACCUCUUCAUCGGCACCUCGUUCCUCCUGGCCGGCUUCGUGUCUCUGUUCCGGAUCAGAACCAUCAUGAAGCACGACGGCACCAAGACGGAGAAGCUGGAGAAGCUGAUGGUGAGGAUAGGGAUCUUCAGCGUGCUCUACACCGUCCCCGCCACCAUCGUCAUCGCCUGCUACUUCUACGAGCAGGCCUUCCGGGAGCAGUGGGAGAGGACGUGGAUCAGCCAGACGUGUAAGACGUACGCCGUGCCCUGUCCGGCCCACCCACACCCCAACAUGAGCCCCGACUUCACCGUCUUCAUGAUCAAGUACCUCAUGACUCUGAUCGUGGGGAUAACGUCCGGGUUCUGGAUCUGGUCUGGGAAGACCCUCAACUCCUGGAAGAGGUUUUAUACGAGACUGGCUAACAACAACCAGGGAGAGACCACAGUGUGAAUGGUCUGAGUGGGGUGAGACCUCUGGAUGUACUUUAGCCUAUGCUGGGUGUCCCCCACACACAUAAAAAACUGUUUAUUUACAGACUGAAUGAAUGAUAAUCGUUUUUGGACUUAAUUGCCAUGCAGAGACACUCAUUGGUACAUUAUGUUUCUAUUGUACAUAAAACAUUUUGUGAGAUUUUUGUAAGUAUAUAUUUGUAUUUAAAGAUCAAAAUUCUCUUUUUUAGUUGUUUCCCUCUAUUAAAACCAACAUUUAUUUGACACACUUUGAGCAUAAUGGAAAUGGACCUUGGUGAUAACUGAGCAUCUAGCAUUAAGGACGUGAUUGUCUUAGGACCUGAGUUGGCUUGGUCACUGUUGGGAGAGGGUUGUAGCUGUCUUUGAUCAGUAGACUGGCUCGGAACAUUGUUUCUAUGUCCUGUGAAAAACAAUUGCUUCCUCGUGGGUCCUUAUCCCCCAUUAUACUGUUGUUCUUUCUGUCCAACUGUUCUCUUCUAUUCAACAUAUUUCCAAUGCCUAAAUGCCUGGCAUUUGAAGGUUAACAAUAUGAUCAACAUGUAUUUUAAAACGAGGUAUAGGUUUGGGAUUAUGUGUUCAACAUAUUUCUAAAUGCCUUGGAUUUGAAGGUUAACAAUAUGAUCAACAUGUAUUUUAAAACGAGGUAUAGGUUUGGGAUUAUGUGUUCAACAUAUUUCUAAAUGCCUUGGAUUUUAAAGGUUAACAAUAUGAUCAACAUGUAUUUUAAAACGAGGUAUAGGUUUGGGAUUAUGUGUUCAACAUAUUUCUAAAUGCCUUGGAUUUGAAGGUUAACAAUAUGAUCAACAUGUAUUUUAAAACGAGGUAUAGGUUUGGGAUUAUGUGUUCAACAUAUUUCUAAAUGCCUUGGAUUUGAAGGUUAACAAUAUGAUCAACAUGUAUUUUAAAACGAGGUAUAGGUUUGGGAUUAUGUGUUCAACAUAUUUCUAAAUGCCUUGGAUUUGAAGGUUAACAAUAUGAUCAACAUGUAUUUUAAAACGAGGUAUAGGUUUGGGAUUAUGUGUUCAACAUAUUUCUAAAUGCCUUGGAUUUGAAGGUUAACAAUAUGAUCAACAUGUAUUUUAAAACGAGGUAUAGGUUUGGGAUUAUGUGUUCAACAUAUUUCUAAAUGCCUUGGAUUUGACAGUUAAAAAUACAAUCAGCAUUUUUAAAACAAGAAAGUAGGUAUAGGUUUGGGAUUGUGUGCACAUGUACUGUGUAGCCUACAUGAUAUGAAUCCUCUAAAUACAAAUGUUUUCAUAACCUCCAGUACUUUAAGCUAGAAUGAGAACAUUUAGGCCCAAAUUUAGCCCAAAUACUUUCACCAAAUUUAAAAGCCGUCUUUUGGUGAUUAGAACAACAUAUUUCAAAAGAAUGAAAGUAAACCAUUUGCAGGAUCUUUUCAACAUUUUGUUUAUGUGUUUCAGACAUCCUUGCUGCCUAUUAACACAGAACAGACACACGUUGUUUGUGCCUUUUGUUGACCUAUUUGAGCACUUUGAGGAGAAAUACUAGCCUGGUCCCAGAUCUGUUUGUGUUGUCUUGCCAACCCCGAAGGACCAUAGGAGUAGGCAGGACAGCACAAUCGGGUCUUGGACCAGGCUAGGGGAAUACAGAAUGCUGGACAGAGACAGCUCAGACUCAGAGGUGGGCUACGUAACACAUCAACUGCACUCCCUAAUGCUUUCUCACAGACAGACAGCUGAAAUACCAAUCCUUCAUUGAUGAACAAGCUGAAAUACGUAGUAGCCUACUCUACAGCCGGCUGUAUAAUUGGCUUAUAAAAACUGAAAACAAAUGAAUAAUUGAAGGAGAUAGAGCAGUGCGUUUUGUCAUUUCAGACCUACAGGUAAUCAGAGUCAGAAAAUGAAUAUUCCCCACAAGGUAAUUGUUGGCAAAAUGUGGCCGUUUUUUUUUUUUUUUUUUUCCCGAUUGGCCCAGGUGGCAGCUUGAAGCAGUCCCCUUUCACCCCUGAGUCAUUUCUCUCCUGGUUAAAUGUGUGCUUGUGUGUGUGUGUGUGUGUGUGUGUGUGUGUGUGUGUGUGUGUGUGUGUGUGUGGGUGGGUGCUAACCAUGCAGGAUGAGCAGCUGACUUUAUGCUUUAUAAAGGAAGACACCGUGAUCUGUCCCCACCUCACGCUUCUUCUGUUAUGUUCUUGUCAAAUGCAUGAAAGUUAUUUUACCCUAAAUGCAUGGAUGGCUCUCUAUUAAACCACAUGUUCAUGCCUUUCACAUCUAUUAUGUUUCAUUCUGCUAUUCUGCAUUUGUUUGUUAUUAAAAACAUUAUAUUUAUAGAAAAAUGUCUUUAUAUCCACACUGCUUACUUUAAAGAAUAAAAAAUCCAACCUUUGCA